AUGAUGAACGAUGAAAGUUUUAACAUUACGCAAACGUAUCUUAAGUUUCUAGAAGAGGAUUCGGAAAUGACAAUGCCAAUAGCUGCUAUUGAAGCGUUGGUUACAUUAUUAAGAGUGAAAAACCCAAGUACAGCCGCAGAAGUCAUAACUACAAUACAGCUGGCAGUGGAUGAAUUAGUUCAAUCUAUUCCUAACUCUGUUUCUUUGAGAGCAGGCUGUGACAUUUUCAUGAGAUUUGUUAUUAGAAAUUUACAUCUUUAUGGUGACUGGGAAAAUUGCAAACAGCAUUUAAUAGAAAAUGGUCAAUUAUUCGUCUCCAGGGCUAAAAUGUCUCGUGACAAGAUUGCUGAAAUAGGUAUUGAUUUCAUUACAGAUGAUGAUAUUAUUUUAGUUCAUGGGUUUUCCAGAGCUGUCGCCUCUUUAUUGAGCCAUGCUGCAGAAAAAUUAAUUAGAUUUAGAUGUGUCGUUACUGAAUCAAGGCCUACUAUACAAGGUAAACAACUAUAUGCAUUUUUAGAAAAGAAAGGUAUACCCGUUACUAUGGUAGUAGAUAGUGCGGUAGGCUCUAUUAUUGAUAAGGUUGAUAAAGUUAUCGUAGGGGCAGAAGGUGUUGCAGAAAGUGGUGGUAUUAUUAAUAUUGUUGGAACAAAUUCAAUCGGUGUUCUUGCACAGAAUGCUAGAAAACCUUUCUAUGUAGUCACAGAAAGUCAUAAGUUUGUUCGUAUGUUCCCGUUAUCUUCUGAUGAUUUACCAAUGGCAAGGAAAAGUCUGGACUUUUCUCGUCGUUCAGACGAUGAUGAUGAUAUUCUACGUGGUCCAGCUAUUGACUACACUUCUCACGAAUAUAUCACUGCAUUGAUUACGGAUUUGGGUGUAUUAACCCCAAGUGCUGUUUCAGAAGAACUGAUCAAGAUGUGGUAUGAUUGA